CGCUACGUGCAGCCCCCCUGCAACACUAAAACUUCGGACCCAGGGCUCUUCUCGUCUCAAACAAACAUACGAGCUUCCCAUGGCCGAGGUCCCAGACUCAUACCGCGGCCGUCUGGCCCAGUAUCGCAUACUCGAAGAGUCUCGACAUGCUUUAAUCGAAGAGCUUCUUGACAAGCUCGAAAAGACCGAAGCCAAGCUUCAGCAGACCGAACUCGACCUUCAAAGUGAACAGAAUGUCCGCAGACGCUUGCAGUCGGAGGUGGUAGAGUCCACGGAACGGGAGGCAGCUUUGGUCGAGAGAACCUCUCGACGUCCAUAUGCUAUGGUUCUCAUUGAGGCAGAUCCGGACGGAUUCAUGUUCCUGGAUAAAUACACAACGAAAGGUACAAAAGGCGGCGAGGCCCUAGCUGACGAGCUUUCUGCCCGACUCCAAGAAUACUUCCGACCGCUUUAUGAUGACGCCGACAAGCUUGACCUCCUCGUCCGUGUUUACGCAAAUCUUGAAGGCAUGGCAAACGCGAUGGUGCGUGAAGGGAAGGUCCGAAACCUUGGUCAAUUGAGAGCAUUUGCGACUGGUUUUUGUGCGAGAGUGCCUGGGUUUGACUGGAUAGACGUGGGUGUUGGAAAAGAAGGUGGUGCUGGGAGAAAGAUAAGAGAAAAUCUCACCCUCUCAACCUCCCACCUCCAAUGUCGCCACCUCAUCCUAGCUACCACACCCGGCUCCGUCCCCGCAACUUUCUUUGCAUCCCUCUCUUCCACGCCGCUCACCCUCUUGGACCAUCCAUCCUUCAAGCCUCUCGCCCUUCCCAACCCAACCACCAUCCUCCCGUCCAUCUUCCUUGCUCCACCGCCUCCUCGUCCAUCCCGGAAUGGCCGUCCUCAGUUGCAGCUGGCGAGCAAAGAAGAAGGGAGGGACGGAUCCACGUGGCUGGUAAUUCGACCGGAGCGUAGUAAGAGCCAGGGCGCUCGUAGUCGCAGUCGCAGAGGUGGUGGGAGCGAUGAUGAGGACAGCGCUUUGAGUAUCAGUAUUGGGCCAGACAAUACGGUCAGCGUUGGGAGAGACGGUCCGAACGGAAGAAAGAGGAUCCUGAACUAAGUAGACACAAAGUUCUUGAAUAUUACCUAUGCUAAAUCCAGAGGCCUCCCCGCCAAUAUCCAAGAGAAAGGUCAUGGUAUCUGCAGAGAGCUUGACACUGCGAGAGAUGUAUGCAUGGACCUGGCAGAGAAGAAAAUUGCAUGGCUGGUGGGUUGCAUUUGCAUCGUAUGGUUAAAAGCUUCGUAACAGGACUCUGAAUCAGAAUAGCUUUCAAACUAGAAACGUUACCGUCUUUCUAUUCACGUCAAGGAACAGUAACUCUUCCCAG